UUUUGAAUGAUUUCGCGCGCGUUCCUAAUGUAAACAAUCCCAUGCCAUCAUGCCGCACAUUGCUACAUUUGAUGAGUACCAAAAGUUAGAAUCGUUUAUUGAAAAUUUAGAACGGGACACAACAUCGCGGUUCAUCACACAGAGGAUAAGUAACAAAAGACACUUCAGUUUGCAACCCGGAGAUGUUUUAUCUUUAAACGGUCACAAAAUUCUUUGGCAAGAUUGUCAAGAAACAGCUAGUCCUUCUGUUGAAUUUGAUGGCACUCCUUACAUCAACAUAGGAUGGAUGGUAAAAGAAUGUCACCAUGGACCAGAUAGACAGAGGAGAGCAAAGGAGAAAAAAAAACAAAGACGUGUAAGUUGUCUUUACCCCUGGUAA